AAACUCGUUCAACGACGCCCGGCUUUGACUGAAGUCGGUAAGUAUUUUGAUUAGCAGUAAAGGUGCUUUAUUAGUUACUAAUUAACAACAAGGAUGAGGAAAACUUUCAUGGGUGGCAUGACUACUGUCGAUCCUCUCGUACUAGAACUGAUGAUGCGCGAAAUUGGAUCGACUUGGUGCAAAGUAGAGUUCGAUUCUGCUAUUAAGCCUUUCGUCUUUUCUCACAGUGCAUCCAUGUACUGUCCCGAGCUUACUGAGUUGACCGUUCAUCAAGGACACUGGCACCACAACAUGCCUGCUCCCUUGGCUCGACUACUACGACCCAUCCCUAGCCUGACGACGCUCUGUCUAUGCCACUGCUACUUUUCCACCAUCUUCCCCAUCAUUUCCCAGUUAUGCCCUGGGCUCACCGAGCUGACGGUCGAAGGGAGCGAACAGAUCAUGUUUAUGACGCCGAAUUUCUAUACCAUGCUACGCAGUGCCAAGAAUUUGAAACGUUUGACCUUGCGAGACAAAUUUGCAACCGGUGCGGCCAACUUGACGCCGUUUGUACGCGAUCAUCAAGUCGAGUACCUCGACAUCAAUGACUUUCCCGUCACCCGAGUAGGCAUGUUGGCGUUGGUGGAUGCUAUACAACAAAAGCAGGAACGGGAAAAAUAUCUCGCUGAUGGUAGCGAUACUGUCACCAAGAUGGUGUUGAAAUGCUAUGAUCGACAGUUUGUGCUGGAUCGACCAGAGACUUUGGCAGAACUCAAGCACACGAUCGACGAAAAGCAGCCAUCAACAGUACGUGUGGUGGUUUACGAUUCGGCCGAAGAAGAAGCAGAGGAAAGGGAGGAGGAUGAGGAUGAGGAUGAUGAUUAUCAAUAUGACUUAAUGAGAAGUCAGCUGUAUGCUCUAUUUAAUGAGGAGUUUCACAACAAUUACGAUCCUUCUUUUGAUUUUUAUUGAAAGAAAAAGCAUAGCCUACCAUUCAUCGUUUUACCCGACUUGACCACUUUGUAUAU